AAUUGGGAAUCGUUACUGGUAACUUGUGAUCUUCAACAGAAAUGAAGAGUCAAAAAAUAAACGGAUGUUUUAGAAUAAGGAAACAUUUUUUGGAUAAGGCAAUAUACAUUUACGAACAACAAAAGCAUAAUAGACAUAUGGAUCAUGUUUCUUCUAUUACAUUAACAGUAAUGCCUGCAUUAUUUUCCAGCAAUUUGGCAAACUUGGAAUCGAGCCUCCAGAAACACAGCCUGCCUUGGCUGUCCCAAGUCUGGGUGGGGAUCAAAAACUCCAUGAGACACCUUUGGGCGCCGCACUUUAAUCACGAUUUAAGAUUCAGUCUGAGCACGACGUUGAAUAUACCUGCACUUUAAAAGUAAAUCUUACCUACCUGGUAUUUACCGUCAUGUCUCUCCUUCAAGCUGUGAACAAUGGAUUCAUGUUUAUCGUUUUGCAGACGGUAUUUCUAAGAUAUGGAGAAUCUAAGUUAGAAGUUCUUAAAAUUCAAAAUGGAGCCUUUUCUCACAGUCAUGACACAGAAGUUUUUCAAAGACAAAAAAGGGAAUGGAUUGCACCAUCAACUGCAAUAAGAGAAAAUGAAGAUUAUAGUAGUAAAAAUCCUGUUAUGAAAAUUAGGUCUGAUGUGCCCACUGUCAGCUACUACAGAAUUUCAGGAAAAGGAGCCACCGAGGCACCGUUCAACUUAUUUAUUGUUAAUAGAAAAACUGGUGAGAUAAACAUUACUGAAAUUGUGGACAGAGAGGAAUGCUCUAAAUAUAAACUCAAAGGAUAUGCAUAUGACAGUACCGGAAAACUGAUUGAAAGUUCAAUAGACCUGGAGUUUUUUAUUGAUGAUGUGAAUGACAACAUUCCAUUUUUUCCCUCACCAUUAUAUGCAGAAGUUCCUGAAUUGAGCAAACCAGGUACUGUGGUAUUAGUUCUUAACGCAACAGAUGCCGAUGACCAAAACACCGCUAAUGCUCAGGUUACUUAUCAAAUACUGAACAAGAUUCCUGAUGACGGAGUAUCUUUCUACAUUGAUAAUGAUAAAGUCAUUCUGGGUGGUUCUACUCCUGAUAGGGAGACAGUCGAUUUAUAUACCUUAAUUAUUCAAGUUAAAGAUCUGAAUGGAGCAGAAGGUUGCUUAUCUUCUUCAACUACCGCUCAAAUUAAGAUUCUGGAUGUCAAUGACAAUUUUCCUAUUCUAGAAAAAGAUAAUUAUGAAGGUACAGUUGAAGAGAACGCUGCAAAUGUGGAAGUCAUGAGAAUUAAAGUUUUGGAUGCAGACCUCAUAGGUUCAGACAACUGGUUAGCAGAUUUUCAAAUUGAAUCAGGCAAACAGGGUGACUACUUUAUGAUAGAGAUGAAUGAAAGCAGCAAUGAAGGCAUAUUGAUUCUUAAAAGGGAAGUCGACUAUGAAGCAAUGCAGCUCCUUGAGAUUGCACUUAAUGUUAGAAACAAAGCCGAAUUCCAUGAAUCGGUUUCUUACCGAUACAAAAGUAAAUCAAUUCCUGUUAUAGUGAAAGUGAAAAAUAUUAAAGAGAGCUCAAGUUUCUCUCCAAAUAAAAUAGUACUCCAUGUUACUGAGGAGAAAGGCAAAUUGGACCUUAGAAAAGCUAUUGGCAGGUAUGCAGCCAUCAAUAAAGAAACUGGACAAAUUGCAAGUAAAGUCAGAUAUGCAAAAGGUUAUGAUCCAAACAAUUGGCUGAUAGUUGAUCCAAACACUGCUGAAAUAAAACUUGCCAAAAUGCCAGAUCGGGAAUCUUCAUAUUUAACAAAUAGCACCUACACAGCAACAAUAUUGGCAAUAACUGACGACAUGCCUGCCAAAACUGCAACUGGAACUGUAGAAAUUGAAGUGAAAGAUUUCAAUGAUCACUGUCCGACUUUGAUUACUACUUCUACAAACUUAUGUACAGAUGAUAAAUCGUUUAUCGUCACAGCUACAGAUGAAGACAUCGACCCCAAUAGUGCCCCAUUUACAUAUACUAUUAUUGAUGAACCCCAAGGGACAAAGCAGUGGACAAUCGAGAAGUACAAUGACACCAGUGCAUUGCUUACAGUACAGGAGAAGCUUUGGCCUGGUAGAUAUGCCAUUAAACUUAUGAUCCAGGAUCAGCAAAAGAAGAGAUGUCAAGAAGAUCAAGUCUUAAAUCUUCAUGUUUGUACUUGUAAAAUCAAUAGGGGCUGCAAAGUAAUUGCAGCUGCAGUAAAAUCAAAAAGAGAAGGAAUUUUCAUGGGAUCCAGUGCUAAUGCCAUAAUGAUUUUAGGACUCUUAUUGCUGCUUAUUGUUCCUGUUCUGCUACUGACCUGUUCUUGUCGAUCUACUCGUAAGACAGCAAUCGUUAAACACAUUUCAGGUCACUCUGAAGGAAGAUUACUAACAUAUGCUUUGGAAGGAAUUGGCGAAGACAAGGUAAAUAUUUGUAUGCUUCAUACACAUAAAUAAAUGAGAUAUUCUAGC